CUCACUCGCAAGAAAGUGAUUAAAGUGCUCGCAUCGCAUUACGCGUUUAGCCUACAGGGUACCCGCUCGGCAGUUUGUUUUUGCCUGGUAAAACCGGAGGGAGACGCAAACGCGCGCGCACAGUCGGCGAUACUAACAGUCGGUGGCGGUCUUUCUUUGGCGCAAGGUCGAAUCAUCAUCAGUCUCGCGAAAAUAUAAAAAAUCGGUGCAGAUUUUUAGUCCGGGUGAACCUCGAAUCGAUCGGUGCCAAGGCAGUCAGUUAGCAUCCAGCGCCAGGACGGAUAGGAUUCAUCGUUUGGAGCGAUCGAGCCUACAGAUUGGAGGAUAAGAAAGGAGCAUAACUUUGACGAAGUCAGAGAAAAAGUCAGUACCCAGAAUUGUUUCAGAAACAAAGUGUGCAUUUGCAUUUUUGAUUUUUAUCGGUUUCGAGGACAACAUUUAGCCAAUAGUGCGGAGAUUGUUUGUUGGAUAGCAAAAUUGGUUGUGCAAAAGGUUUACAUAUUGCAAACAAGUGUUAUUUAACAGUUUCGAAAUUUGACUGGCAUUGGUGCGAAAUCGUUCGUAACAUACAUCGGAGCUUAGAACCAAAGUGGUUCGGACGGUGAUUGUGAAGUGGAUCAGAGCUUCGUAUAAAAAAAACACCCCCAAAACAGUUCAGUGCAUUGAAAUUCAAGUGUUGAGUGCUCAAUUGUGCCAACAACGGUAAGCACGCUGUCCAGUCAAGAGGAGCAGCAGCAGCAGCAACCCAGUUCCAGUACUGCUAGUGGAGUUCCCCCCCAAAUCGCAAUCGAAAUGACGGACGUUGCCCACGAGCUCGGUGCUCUUAGAUUGAUAGUGGACUCGCCCCUAUCGUCCAAGGUCGCCCUAUUUAACAAUGUUACCAAAAGCCAUAUUCAGUCGCAAAUAGCGAACCCCUUCUCGGAAUCUCAAGGCGAACGCGGCAUGCAGAGACUGAAGAUCAGCAAAGAGGAAUACGGCAGACCUAAGGCCGGCAGCCUUACCGAGUACCGGGGGAAGAAAGCCAACAUCCAGGUGUACCAGGAGAUGCUGGAGUUGUGUACCGUGAUCCACGAUGAGGGAGAGGCCAUCUCCGACAACGAACCGGAACUGCGAGGUCUCCUGUUCGGGGAGCUGUUCAAUAUCUACACCCACAUCAACGACAAACUGGUCGGGCUGAUGCUGCGUGCCCGCAAGCACGAGCUGAUCCAGUUCGAGGGCGAGAUGCUGUUCCAGCGCCGGGACGACAACGUGCCGGUCUACUUGCUGAAACCCCUCAAACAGAUCCGGGAAAUUCUGGUCGGCAAGCAGACGGAAAUCCGCCGCAGUUUGAGUCCCAACCCGCAGCCCACGGGGCAGUUGUAAAACGCGCCACCCCACCCACCAGGCGGCAGGACUUCAAACCAAUUGGAAGCCGUGGGAGCGCGAUGACAAUUGACCGAGGAGGGGUGCUACGAUGAUAUUAGGGAUAGUAAUCGAAAUGUGUCAGACAGUGGGUCCGGAUGUAUGCGAAUAAAUGAGUGAGAGGAGAGUUGAAUGACGUGACCAAUCGUACUGUGAAUAUCGAGUAAAUAAUCUGUAUAUUUAGUAGGUUCGAUGUGAUGAAGCGUGCUGUAAAAUUGUUCUAUGAAAAAAAAUAUCUCGGAAUCAGUCAGACGAAAUCGAAAGACAUGUUCUUUUCUGUUCUAUCAAAACUCGGACAAAUUUGGAAAUUGUAUGAUUCAUAGUUUGUGGUUCCCUUUCUAGGGUGGCAUCCGUAAAUUACGUAAUGUUAACUUUUGGAAAAAAAAGCUUUUCGGCUCUUAUGUUCGGAGUGUAACGUUUCCAUCAAAUCCCAUCCCCUCUAGCAGCGUUACGUUUUUUAUGCAUGGCAUCCAUUUUUUUUCGAUUCCGGAUAAGUGAGAAGGAAAUCGCAUGAUUCCGGCAAAUUCCAGAGAAAAGAUAAGAAUUAGUUCUACGUAGUACUACUAAUAUUAUCGUUACUUGUAUAACGUGUAAGGCGAGCAGAAACAAACAGAACCAAAAAUAGCCGUUAAGUUUAAGCCAGCCCCAGUUACUUAACUUUCAUUAUUUAUUUCUUGAGAUUUCCUCGCUGUUUUCCCACAGUAGCGUCUCUUGUUCCAUCAUCAAGUUGAAAGGCAAUUUUCGUUCGUGCAAUAUUUUAGUUCUUAAAUUGUUCCUCUUUUCGUUAUUUUCCGUUUUCCUCUUAGUGCGGUAGUCACAGUAUUAUACAUUAAUUAUACAAACACUCUAGAAAAGAGAAAGAAAAAAGCAAGUCGAGCAGAAAAUUUGAACAAAUCACCACACAUGUUAGUAAAUCACGCAAAGCAAAGAAGAUAAAAACAAUAGAAAAACAAAUAUUGCAUGCGCUGCUUCCCGAUCGGGCUUAAUGAAGUCAUAAGGCGAUAAUCGCAAAUCAUGGGAAAAAGAUGGAGGAAAGAUCGAAGCAUGCGUGUGCCGAACACUUCCGCGCGCGUCUUUUUCCACACACGGCAUAUGCUGGUCGGUGAUUUCCAUCAAAACAAAACAAAACAAAAGGAAGGUAAAUCUUACGGUGGCCACGCAUGUCGAACUUGAGAAGUAGGUGAGUGGAUACUUUGGUGGAGUUCCCAUCAGGCUAGUCGAGGUUCACUAACAUGUGAUGAUGAAAGAGGUUGAAAAUUUGAUGAAUCGCUUGUUGUUAUAGACGUAACGUAUGGUAACUGUAAUAAUUAGAUCUUUAGAUAGUGAGAAAAAAUUCAAUGAAUGGAAAAAAAUACACAAUAGUUUACAUUACCUUAA